AUGAGUGGGAGGUCACAUUCACCACCCUAUGCUCGAUCGCUAGACUGCCCAGUCGGUCGAUCAAUGCAAACCAUUGAAGCCUUUUACCAUAAGGAAACCCGAAAACCAGUCUUGCUUUUGGCGCGUAGCAAAUGCGAUCGACAGCAUUGUGGUGCUCGUCGCCUUCGGAAGCGGGCUGGCUUAGCACCUAGUGCGAAGGACUCAGCAGAACCCUGGAUAGUUAGAUCAAUCGAAUCACCAGUGCUGAGGUCUGGAGAUGGAGGUGAGCAUUUGGCGAUCGGCCUCUGGGCAUCAUCCUUCCCAGCAGGAUUCGGGGCUGUGCGGAUGAGUGAGCAUAUUGCCAAGACUGACUCUAGGACCAUGAUGAGAUGGUUCUUCCAACAUCAAAAUGACACUAGCCGGGAACCCGGUCUGGCCCCGAUGAAUAUCAGGUUUCUGGCAUUGGUUUCGAACCCUGCCGAGAUUAGAUGUCCCUAUUCCUCCAGGGACUUCCAACUCUUUCUGUCCCCGAUUAAUGGAAUAUCCAAGCCCCCAGCUGCGUAUAAUCCGACCGUACACUCACGGAGAAAUCCGAAGCCGAUAAGAUGUCCCAGCGAUGUUGUCAGUUUAGGCGACUGGAUGAAAAAAUCUGCGCAUGCAAGCAGCAGCCAGGAACUGAAUUUUUUCUUCCGCAGUGCACAUGUGGCAUUGGGUUUUUUCAGCCUGCAGCGUCUGAUUCAUGUCUGCGACCAAGUGAAGCAGUCGACUGCUUCUGCCUACGUAAUGGCGGCGCUACCAGCGUUGCCGGAAUUAACUCGCAUGAACUACAGAGUCAUUCAACUUCGCUUCGGCGGCAAUAUUAUUAAGGAUUGUGGUGAAAUUUGGAAGAACCUCUCCCAUCGUAGUAAGGGUUGUGAUGAUCCUGGUUUGCCUGGCAAUGUGCGGCAUGUCAGCACGAUGCACACGUUGAGGGAUCCAGAUGCGACCGUGGCUCAUAGGUGGGAUGGUGGCCUAGACAGUUUUGCAACAAGCUUUCUGUGUGAAAGAAUCGAAGAAUCGCGAAGCAUUUCUGAGGCCGGGCUGGAGCCUGGACCUGGAACCACAAAAACUCAAUCGGAAUAUUGUCUGGUAGGGGCCAAGGGCAGAAGGAUGGUCUGGCACUCAUUCUGUGACCCGGAUUGUGUCAGCGUUUCUUGGGCUGAUAACGGCCAGACUGGCCGCCCAGUUAGAAACCCUCGACACAGUGUAGUCCGACAUCCCGACGGGGCCAGUGGCAAUGCAGCCGAACCGGGGUCGGCAGGACAAGGCAUGACGCCGAUCUGGCGACUCGCUGAAGGGUACGUGGGCCACCUGGAGUGGGGAGGGGAUCCGGGACAUGCCCACUCACAGAAAAAAAGAAAAGAAAAGAAAGAAAUCCCUGGUCGUGCCGAAACACAAGGACCAAUGUUCGCCCCAUUUGCUGGCCCGACAUCAGACUUUUUUGGUACCUUGGCAGUAGUUGAUGGGAACCCACGGAUGUACCGUUAUAGCGGUAAAGUCCGCCAGGGAUCACCACCAUCAGCAUACACAGCUAUUAUACCCUCCACAUCCAGCGCGGUUGCCCAUUAUCGAAUGACAGAGGGUGUACUGACGAGGCCCGCCUCCACCUCACCCAAUCAUGCUAUCCUGAUAUGA